AUGGAAACCUCAACAACCCCACAGUCCGCCAUCACACCUGGGCUUAAGCUACUAGCCUUUCCCACUGAAAUACACUUCCAAAUCGCUUCUUAUCUCUCUUACCCUGAUGCACUGGCUCUAAAACACACAAGUCGCCAUUUCUAUGGUGCGGUGAAUACAAACGUGCGCCUCAAAGUCCAAUGGCUUGUCGAGCGUUUCGAGCGCAAACUGGAAUGUCCGAUGGAGAAAUGCUCCUUUCGUACCGACGAGGACUUCUGUAACAAACAGGUUCGUCGCAUAAUGGAAAAGCGCCGACGGCAUCUCGAGUGUCGACCUAUACCUGGUGGUUGUUGGGUAGUAGAGGGCCAAUCAUGUCGAGCCAGUGUGGUGCUGUCGUGGUAUGCGAGAGAUCGGGGACAAAAGAUUGUCUUCAAGCGGAGCCGUUUAUGGAUGCGACAAGGUCGGUGA